GAUGCGUCUACUGUUUAUUGUUGGAAAGUAUUUUGAGUGAGAAUCUGGCAGUCUGGUAUCCGUAACUCCUAUCUUGUAUACCGUAACGGCAAAUGAACAAGAAGGGGACUGAAAAAAGGAGGACUGGGCAAUGAGCAAUGCCGCCAGCCGAAACGUCAUUGAUGCCAAGCGCGGAAGCGAGAAAGAUGCCCGUUUGAGUAUCUCGGCAUCCUCUGCUUCCUCUUCUUGUCCUUCCACCCCGGUGGGUCAUGUCUCCUCUGCCAUGAUCCAUCCCUCCCUCCCCUCUCCACCCUGUGCCUGUCCUCAAUCCCGUGUGCUCACUCUCUCUGAGAUAGUCAGUCUCCGUACCGUGCUUCCCACUCCUAUUCCCACCCUCUCUCUCUCUCUCCCGUCCGUCCUUCACCUGGGCUAUCUGUCUCGCCGUGUGCCCGCCUCACCACUCACUUCACUCCCCCAUUCCUUUUCUCUCCACACGUCCUUUCAACCCUUCCGGUUCCUGUCGUUCCCUUUUCUAAAAACUUACCUUAAUCCUGCCCUGCCCCCUGUUCCCAGACCCUUUCUGAAUACAUUGCUGCAUCGGAUUUAGCUGACGCCUCGCAAAGCCCGCGAUCCGAAGUCUUGGGUUCAUUUACAGCCUGUUCCACUGAGCAAACGCCCUUGCCUUGUGCCUUGUACCUCCCGUCUCUACUAUCCGCCCCCCCAAGUACUACACCUCACACCUCAUCUACCUCCCUCCAUCUAUCCAGGUCCCUAUUUUCUUUUACUCCUUCUUCCUUCAUUCAUAUUGUCAACCACACACUCCUUCGAUCGCUCUGCCUCUCGUUUGGACCUUUUUUCUCUUUUAUUUACACUUUGUCCGCAUCGUCCGCAGCCGUUCCUCCAUUCGUCGCUUUUUAGUCCGAUAUUUUUUAAGCUCGACUACCUGACGCACGCCCGUUUGCCGCCCAAAUCCCCCCGCCCGCUCGGGACCGAUCUACGUCGUGAAACCAGGACAGUCGUCAGCUUUCUCGACUUAACCCCCCCCUAAGCGACAGGGAACCUGUGGACGAACACACGGUCUCUAAACAAAUAAACGAAAGAGGAUUCCAACACCUUGCGACGAAAACGGGGAAAACCCAAAAGGCUCAACCUCUUUUUAACAACGACCCAAACGCCAAAAACCCACCACUUCCCACACCCUACCGUCCCGACGACGAACCCUUUUUGGAAGCAAUGGCGGAAUCCAGCAACCUCAAGAACGAGGCUCGACGGAGCGAGGAGGGCCACGGCCUCCUCAACGGCGAUGAGAAGCGAAUCGAAGAGAGCUACGAUCUCGAGGCCAACAGCACUGCCGCCACCGAACAACAGGCCAACGCCGACAGAGUCCGCAACCCUGUCGAGUACACCAUCUCACCUCAGGUCAAGUUUGGCUGGUUGAGUGCCUAUUUCAUGUUCAGCUUGGUUUUGACGCUCUACAACAAGUUGAUUCUCGGAGCGUUCCCCUUUCCGUGGCUUCUCACCUCACUUCACGCCACGUGCGCGAGUUUGGGUUGCUACUGCUUGCUGCAAUGCGGCUACUUCACCAUGUCCCAUCUGGGACGCCGCGAAAACCUCAUUCUCCUCGCCUUCAGCUUGCUUUUCACCACCAACAUCGCCGUGUCUAACCUGUCACUUGCCAUGGUCUCCGUGCCAUUCUACCAGGUCCUCCGAACUACCGUCCCCGUGUUCACGGUUCUCAUCUACCGCGUUGUCUUUGGUCGCACUUAUGAGAACAUGACCUACCUGACGCUGGUUCCCAUCAUGAUUGGUGCUGCUCUGACCACGAUUGGCGAGUAUACUUUCACCGACCUGGGCUUCCUGCUCACCUUUGCGGGCGUGGUGCUUGCUGCGGUCAAGACCGUCGCUACCAACCGCAUUAUGACCGGCCCCCUGGCCCUCCCCGCUAUGGAGGUUCUGCUGCGCAUGUCGCCCUUUGCGGCUAUGCAAUCUUUGGCCUGCGCCAUCGCCGCCGGCGAGCUCGGAAACCUCAACACCAUGCGUGUGGAGGGUAACAUUAGCCUCGCCACUCUUAUCGCUCUCCUCGGCAACGGCAUCCUCGCAUUCGCCCUCAACGUCGCCUCUUUCCAGACGAACAAGGUCGCCGGUGCCCUGACGAUGAGCAUCUGCGGUAACCUGAAGCAGUGCCUGACGGUUGGCCUCGGCAUUAUCGCCUUUGGCGUCGAAGUUCACCUCUUCAACGGCUCCGGCAUGAUUCUCACCAUGAUUGGUGCUGCGUGGUACAGCAAGGUCGAGCUCGACCGCAGAGCCCGCAAAUAAACUGGCUCACAUGGAUUGGCGAGCUGCGCAUUUCAUACUGCGCGUGUAACGAAUAUCAGUAACGGCCGAAUAUCAUAUAGAACCGGGCGCAGGCAAGGCCGGGUCAGCCUGUGAGGGUGUUGGGGUUGUAUCGGGAAGGCGUCUGGUUGUAUCAACCACUGGAGCCGCGGUCGACGCCGUCCAAUAGCCACGGAGCUUCGGAGCUACGGACAGGACAGGACGAUCUGCCGCACAUCGAGGCGUCGGGAAACCCGGCUGGGUUAGGGCCGCGACGGCGGAAGCCAAUCAAAGCUGGCGUCAAAAAGGGCCGGCAGCGCUUCCGCUCUCUUCCCCUCUUCCGCUCAGGAGUUUCCCUUGCCGACGCACCGCACUCUGGACAAGAUGAUGCCGCGUGUAAGAUGGAGGAGCCGAGUGCACCGACGAAACAAGAGCAUGCAUGCCGCGGGCCAUAGGGUUCGCGCGCAUCGAUUUAUACCCUUCGCAUGGAGUAAAGGAAACGGGCAUAAACACGGGAUGUUUUCAUCAAAAAGGGCUAGGGGAAAAGACUUCAUUUGUCCUCUAGAACCUCUGGGCUUCUUCUUUUUCUUCUCUUUUUUCUUCUUUAUCCACUUCUAAAUUUACCUUCAGGUAAUAAUACAAACUUACCAUUCAAAAAUGA